CUUGAUGUGAGUAAGCACGUGCACUUCGUCGAUUGGAAUGCUCACGGUUUCCACAUCAGCGAGUUGACGUCGUAAACAUCAUCAUACAUAGCAAUCCACUCUGGAUGACUAUAAUGUUGUCAAUUUUACAUCGACAUCUAUGUUUUCCAGUACGUCAAAGGAAAUGCCGCUGCGGCCGGUACCAAAAACAUUACGUCAACAUGCUGAGGCCUAGGCGAAUGUUAUUGCGUCUCUUCCUGCGACUUAUUCUUGAAAUCAGGUUCACGGAUAGCACAUGAUAUGAAUCCGUUACCGCCGCAAAUCCGGCCCACCUCUUGCAGCCGAGUUGUUUAUCUGGUUUUGUGACUUCCAUUCGCCCUCGGAAUUCACUCGCCUCCGAACCAGGUCUCUAGUACCUGAUGAAGUAAUGUCACAUCCGGUCAUGACAGCCGUGGAAGAUCCAGCCAAUGAUUUUAUCACUUGGUCCAAUGAUGUUUUCUCUUACAAUGUGGAGCAAUCUCGCCAUGAUACACAUAAUCUUAUUGUUGUGCUCAUGCGCGAACAAGACCUGAAUUUGCAAGGCGCUCUAGACUACUCCUGUUUGCUGUGCGAGAGUGCCAUCCAGCGCUUUGAACACAACCGUGCUAUCCUCGCCUCACGGGGCAGAGAGCUUGAUAAACAGGCGGGGUUUGUAUCUUAGUCGGCGCUUUACUCCGACGAUCCGUGCUCAACAGGAUGAACUUCAUUGAGGAACAUUGCAAGGACCCUGACGCAAAUCUUACGCGCGUGCUGCAGUCGCAUCGUUAAAUGCUGUCGUAGUACAACUAUGACGUAGAAUCAGUUGUAUAGGCGACUUAUGCAGAUUCUCGUUAUAUUUUAGCAUCGGCUUCAAGG